AUGAGUUCUUACUUCGUCAAUUCCCUCUUCUCUAAAUACAAAGGAAGUGAUUCUCUGCGAUCCAACUACUAUGAGUGCUCAGGAUACGCGCAGGACCUUGGAAGCAGACCAUCUGUGCUGUACGGUCACAACACUGGAUCUGCUUUUCAACAUACGGCGCAGUUCACGGACUUCUACCACCACGGUACACCAUCUUUCACCCACGCAUCUUACCAACAGACUCCGUGCGCGGUACCUUAUCCUGGAGAAGCCACGGGGAACAUCUUAGGGCAGGACGGGUUACAGAGACAGUCCAUUUUUGGCUCGUCAGAUGCGGAUUUUACUCAGUUUGGGGAAUGUACUAAUUUGAAGGUAAACGGUCUCAGGGAUGAUUUGGAAACUGCGGAACCGUGCGCAGCGCAGCUCUUUCCGUGGAUGAGACCACAAGCUACCGGUCGGAGAAGGGGCAGGCAGACCUACAGCCGCUAUCAGACCCUCGAGCUGGAGAAGGAAUUCCUGUUUAAUCCCUACCUGACCCGCAAGCGGCGCAUCGAAGUGUCUCAUGCUCUUGCUCUCACCGAGAGACAAGUGAAGAUCUGGUUUCAGAACAGGCGCAUGAAGUGGAAAAAAGAACACAACAAAGACAAGUUUCCCAGCAGCAAAGUGGAACAGGAGGAAAUAGAGGGAAAAGGGCAAGCAGACAGCCAGGCAUCCGAAAAACACACAUCAGAUGAGGACCCCUGA